AUGCCUCCCAGCCCGCAAUCGACAUACUACGAUCGCCGCCUGCGACAAGGCCCUGCCCUCGUUCGAGCCCGACGACCUUAUCUUUUCAAGAACGCCGUCACCGGUCUUGGCCUCUUGACCGUUGUCGGAACCAUCUAUUACUAUACCCUCAACGCCGUUGGCCAGGACAACUUUGAAGAUGUCAAGGUCCCUGAUGAGCCUCGGAAACCCGCCUCUUCCAAGUAA